GCAUUCCUGGCUGCCAUGGGAACCAGCGUGUUUGCAGAUCGCAGACCUGGUGCUGCCGAGGCCGGGGGCAGCUCCUGACAGUCCGCUCUCCAGCGCGCCGGGGACCCAGAAAGCCAUCAUGGCCAAACUGCUACAAGCCCCUCCCAAAUUCCUGCUGCCAGAGUGGCACGUUGCUAACAAGAGCCAGUACAGCAGCACUGAAUGUCAGCGUGCAAAGUCCGAGCGCCUCGUGGCUGAGAGCCAGAGGCUGGUGGAUGAGAUCGAAAAGACCACCCAGAGAACGCAGAGUGAUGUCAACAAGAAGAUCGAGCAGAGACUUGAUGAAAUAAAGUUCUGGAAGAAGGAAUUGGAUGAUAAACUCGAUCAGCUCGUAAAGGAGACUGAGGUGCUGUUCACAUUUAAGACACGAUUGGAGAAGGCCCUGGAGAACUGCAGAGAGCCCUUGUACAUUGCCCAGAAAUGUCUGGUGUACAGGGAGCAACGUGUUGGGAUUGACCUAGUAUACGAUGAGGCGGAUCAUGAGCUGGCCAUGGAGGUGGAGGUCUUGCAAGGGGUCAUAUCCCUGCUCCAGCGCACCAUGGAAGAGACCUCAGAGCAGCUCAGGCUGAACCGAGCUGCUAAAUACCACCUUGAGAAGGAUCUGAAGGACAAAUUUGUUGCUCUGACCAUCGAUGACUUCUGUGCCUCUCUCACCAACAACAACCCUGAUAUCUGCUAUGCCAAUAAUGUUGUCAGAAUUGAGCCCAACUCUGUGAGUGUUGAUGACUGGGUGGAUUUCUCCAAUGUCAAUGUGGAGAAGGCAGAUAAACAGAGGAAUAACACGCUGGCACUUGAGGCCUUGAUCAACAGAAUUCUGUCCCAGACAGCCAAUGACCUACGCAAACAGUUUGAGACUGUGAACCUUGCUUUACAAAACCGGAUCAAAGAAACAAAAGAUGCCAAGGACAAGUUGGCUACACACCUUGCCAAGGUGAUGGAUGAGAUUACCUCCCAGGAAAACAACAUUGCAGCUUUAAAUAAAGCCAUCCUUGCCAAAGAGGGCCCUGCCAAAGUGGCUCAGACACGCCUAGAGUCUCGCAGCCAUCGGCCCAAUGUGGAGCUGUGCCGGGAUGUGGUACAGUAUUGCCUGAUAAAGGAAGUCCAGGAGAUCACCUGCAACAUUGGAAGGCUAAAGGACAUGUUGGCCCAAGCGGAGGCUGAGCUGAAAGGACUGAGCCGCCGGCAGCUCUCACUGCAGGAGGAGAUCCAGGUGAAGGAGAACACCAUCUACAUCGAUGAGGUCCUCUGCCUGCAGAUGAGGAAGAGCGUCCUCCACAGUGACUUCUGAGCAAGGCAGGCGGCUCCCGCCCCUCUUCUCUGGUAUACCAAUAGAAGAUUUCUGAUUUUCAUUAAACCAACUCCAUUAAACCAAGUAGCCACAGGCACAGGCCUCUA